AUGUCCAUCGGGAGCUUAGCUACCUGCCUAAGUUAUCAUGAGCUGGCAUUGACUACUAGAUCUUAUUUGCAGAUACAUUAUCCUUUUUUGGUGUUAAAGUUUAACUGUGCAUAUGCUUCCGAAGUUUGCCGUAAGGAAUACCAAGCUUUGGGAAUGUCAGUUGUAAGCACAUCAUGGGGCAUAGGACUGGUCAUUGGUCCAGCUAUUGGAGGUUUUCUUGCUCAGCCUGCAGAAAAAUAUCCAAAUGUAUUUUCUGAAGAAUCUAUUUUUGGGAGGUUAGCAAUAUUUUUGGUUUCCAUACUUCCUACCUUGCCUGUUGAUAUCACUCUUUGCAUUGGUUGUCGCUGGUAUUUGUUGCUGGCUUCCGCUGCACUUCCUGAUUCAUUGGGCUUAGCUUGUACCGGUGCAAAGUUCUGUACUAUGAAUUUGGAAACACUGCACAUCCAUCAUGGAAACAAAGAGGAACAAAAUGACACAUGUGAUGUACUAGAGGGAACAUAUGAAUCUGAUGCACUGGACAAUGGGGGAAAUUCUGAAGGAGCUUCAAUUACUCGUCAAAGCCUUCUGAAAAAUUGGCCCUUAAUGUCAUCUAUAAUUGUAUAUUGCAUCUUCCAACUUCAUGAUAUGGCCUAUACAGAGCCAUCAUGGUUUGGUGACAUAGACUCCAAGGCUGAUGAUUUUCUGCUUACCGAGCAUUGA